GGCAACGGCACCACGUUGACUUUCACCUUGGACGUGCAGACAGUGGGCGUCGGGGUCUUCCUGGCCGUCUUCAUCCUCUCAGCCAUCGUGGGGAACAUCCUCGUCAUCCUCUCCGUGGCUUGCAACCGGCACCUGCAGACGGUCACCAACUACUUCAUCGUCAACUUGGCCAUCGCUGACCUGCUGCUCAGCACCACCGUGCUGCCCUUCUCAGCCACCCUGGAGGUGCUGGGCUUCUGGGUGUUUGGGCGCAUCUUCUGCAACAUCUGGGCAGCGGUGGAUGUGCUGUGCUGCUCCGCCUCCAUCAUGAGCCUGUGCAUCAUCUCUGUGGACAGGUACAUCGGCGUCAAGUACUCCCUCAAGUAUCCCACAAUCAUGACCGAGAGGAAGGCAGGGGUCAUCCUCGUGGUGGUCUGGCUAUCCUCCAUGGUCAUCUCCAUUGGGCCACUGCUGGGAUGGAAGGAGCCACCACCACCAGAUGAGAGCAUCUGCAGCAUCACGGAGGAACCAGGCUAUGCCCUCUUCUCCUCCCUCUUCUCCUUCUACCUACCACUCAUGGUCAUCCUGGUGAUGUACUUCAGGAUCUACGUGGUGGCCAGGCGGACCACCCGGAGCUUGGAGGCAGGGGUCAAGAAGGAGAGGAAUAAAUCCAUGGAGGUGGUACUGCUGCGCAUCCACUGCCGCAGCGUGCUGGAGGAACCUCUCUCCAGCACCCGGAACAAGGGGCACAACUUCAGGAGCUCCCUCUCCGUGAGGCUUCUCAAGUUCUCCCGUGAGAAAAAAGCAGCCAAGACUCUCGCCAUCGUCGUGGGUGUUUUCAUCCUCUGCUGGUUCCCCUUCUUCUUUGUCCUGCCUUUUGGUAAGUGA